AAUCUUGCCUAAUAUCCUUAACCAAUUCGAAAAAAAUUAAAAUUGAUUCUUUUUUUUUUUAAUUGAAAUUUAUAUAUAAGUUAUAUAUAUUUUAUAUUUGUUUGGGGUAUUUAAACUUGGGUCAUUUGUGACUUAUAUAUAAGAUGUUUGUAUGAAAGAGGAAAAAAAAAAAAAUCAUACAUAUUAGUGGUUAAAAAGGGUGUGUAUCAAUGUUAUUUAUCAUUCCGAAGAAUUGGCCUCCAUAUGUGCAGAAGUUUCUUCAAGUCAAUCCCAGACUUUCCAUUUCUUCGUCUUCUCCAAAGAUGCUCAAGUAUGAAGGAAGUGAAGCAAAUCCAUGCUCAUACUAUCACCCAAGGUUUUGCUCGUUUCGCCUACAUCAACAGCAAAUUCCUAGCAUUUUCCGCUCUAUCAGAACAUGGUGACAUGCGCUACGCCGAGGCUGUUUUCAAUCAAAUUCCCGUACCCAAUGUCUUCGAUUGCAAUUCCAUGGUACUUGGUUUCUUGAAAAUUGCACAACCCGAAAUGGGUCUCUCGGUUUACACCAAAAUGCGACGUCGAGGCAUUGAGCCGAAUGCUCGCACUUUCACAGUUUUGGUCAAGGCAUGCGUUGAAUUGCGGUUGAUUGGUCAGCUCCAUUGUCAGAUCGUGAAGUUUGGCCAUGAGUUUGACGCUUAUAUUAUUAGCUCUCUUAUAAGCGUAUAUUCCAAGUGUGGCGCAAUGGAGGUUGCCUGUCGCGUGUUUGAUCAAAGGCUUCACGAGAAUGUUGUUUGUUGGACCAGCCUCAUAAGUGGGUAUUGCAGCAAUGGGUUGGUUGAUGAAGCUCGUGAUCUGUUUGAUGAAAUGCCUGAAAGGAAUGCUGUUUCUUAUAGCGCAAUGGUUUCUGGGUACGUUUGGAAUGGCUGCUUCAACGAGGCAAUUGAGUUAUUUCGUGAGUUAAAGAAUCGUGCUAGAGAGAAGCUCAGAGGGUCACUCUUGGUCAGUAUUCUAAACGCUUGCGCUUCAAUAGGUGCCUUUGCAGAAGGGAAAUGGAUUCACUUGUACGUAGAUGAAAAUGGUUUUGAGUAUGAACUUGAAUUGGGAACUGCACUAAUAGAUUUUUAUGCAAAAUGCGGGUGCAUUGAAGAUGCUUUGGAAAUAUUUAGCAUUAUGCCUAGUAAAGAUGUAACUACUUGGACUGCUAUGAUCGUGGGAUUGGCUGUUAAUGGCAAGAAUAAUUUAGGGCUUGAGCUUUUCAAAGAAAUGGAAAUGAAUGGACCAAAACCAAAUGCUGUUACAUUUAUUGGGGUUCUUUCUGCUUGUAAUCAUGAAGCUAUGGUGAAUGAAGCAUGGACGUUUUUUGGACGUAUGAAUAAAGUUUAUGGGAUCUCCCCGCUGAUUGAGCACUACGGAUGCCUUGUUGAUAUCUUGGCUCGUUAUGGGCGACUCAAACAGGCAGAAAUCUUGAUAAGAAGUAUGCCAAUGGAACCAGAUGGAGCUAUAUGGGGGUCUUUGCUGAAUGGUUGUUUGAUGCAUGGCCAUGUCGAGUUGGGGGAUAAGGUAGGGAAGCUUCUUAUUCAAUUAGAGCCUCAACAUAGUGGAAGAUACGUUCUUCUAGCCAAUAUAUAUGCCACAAUGGGCAGGUGGGAAUAUGUGAUGGGGCUAAGGAAAAUGAUGAAGGACAAAGACGUAGUUGCAGUUUCUGCUUGGAGUUUCAUAGAGAUUGAUGGUGUCGUUCAUAAAUUUCUAGCUGAUGACAAGUCUCAUUCUCAUUCAGGAAAAAUAUACAAAGUUUUAAAUCAAUUAAAGGGGGAACUAAGAAGCUCUUCAAUCAUUUAUGAUGUUCUGUUAUUUCCAGCAUAAGAAGCUACUAAGCUUGUGGAAAGUUAAAAGAUUUAUUUCAGGCUAGUUUUCCAGUCUAUUGUACUGGAUUUGUUUCAUUGACAAAAACUUUUGCAUAUGGUACCUGGAGCAUGUAUGGCAAUUUUCAGUAAUAUGUCUCUCAGUUGACCGGCCUGCUCUGGUUUAUCUAUAUGUAUUCUUAAGAAUUUGCCUAAUGGUUUAGUUCGCAGAGAAGAUGUCUGCUGGGUCUUCACCACGAUUUCAGUUGGCACAUUCAUGCGGCUGGGUAAUGAUGCUCGAAACAACUUUCCUUGUCGAUACCAAUUCCCUUGAGUUUGUUGAGAUGACCGUAUCCUCGUUGAGAGCUGUUACCUAGUGUCCUCAGCCCCUUGAGAUCUUGGAAGUAGGAACCCAGCCCUGACUAUUUUCCAUUGGUCCAAAGAUGCUUCUGUUGAUGGUUGGGUUAUCGUGUUGAUUGGAAGUUUCACAUAUUUUAAUGGAAAUUUCCCUGUUCUUUUA